AUGAGUGAUGAAAACAAAAGCGAAAAUGAAAAGCCGGAUAACUUUAUAGAAAUUCAUGACUUCAACUUAAAAAUUCCUGACUCAAUUAAACAAAUACAAUUAUCAGAAUCUGAGCUUCAAGCUAUUGAAAAUAAAAUAAAUAGAGCUGAAAAAGAUUUUGAAGAGUCUUUAACAAGUAAGCCGAUAAAUGUAAGACAUAUCUAUAAAUCUGUUACUGUUUCAUUUUUAUUUAUAUUUUUAUGUAUAUACACAAAUAGUAUAGAAAGGAUUUCAUGAAUGAGUACUCUUAUGCAAAAUCAUUUUGAGCGUCAGCCUUUAAUUGGCUCAACUGCAAAAUCUUUUGAAGACAUACAAACUCACUUUGAUUUAGAAAAUUAUAUAAGAUCAGUAUUCUUACCGGGUGCUUUUAAUCAUAAAUAUAUAGACAUUUAUAACUAUGUGAUUGGAGUUCGCUUUACGUUAAAAAUUGCAAAAGUUGUCAGAAAUCCGUUUGAAGAAUACAAAGAAGCAGUCUGGAUGGUAAGAGAAAACCCAGACAUAAGCCCUUAUCAAAGUAGCUCAGGAGAGUCAGAUAAAGAGCUAUUUCCAUGAAGACUUAAACUUUAAUCUUAAGCUAAAUUAUCGAAAAGCUCACUGUGAUACCCGAAUGAGUAUUUAUCUCCACCUUGCUUCGUGGGUUACCUGCCGACGACCCACAUUGGGUUUGCUUCUCUCCACCUGAUACUCGUGCCGAACGCAGAGUAAAGUAGGCUGGGCCACCGUGCCGUACGCCAGAAGAGAGCCUCCUUGAAAAUUUUAAAAAAAUAGAACUCUUGGAAAAAAGGAAACUUUUAGCCCAAGGCAUAACUCCUAAUUUGACGCUAGGGAGGUGUGCAAUAGGCCUAAGCUUCCCAUUUCGAACUCCAAGUCCUCCUUUCAUUUGAAGUAAAAUCCCAACCCCUUAAAGCUGGCUUAGGCUAGGCCUUGAGUGAUACUUGUACAUUCCUGGGCUGGUAAAACCUUGCCGGGUAUAAUUAAAAUAUAUGCUUGAAGCUGCAUGGCCGGGAGGCCAUGCUGGAUUGAGACACCAUAUUUUAAUUAUAUUCCAUGAAGACUUACAGAUGACGGGGGGUUUAAUAAGGCUGGAGGAUAUGUAUCGUAUUUUUUAAAUAUGGAUUUGGAUCAAGCUAUGUUAAAAUGGAGACAAAUAAAGCCAGGGUGAUUUGGAAGCCCAGAGUUUAAUAGCUUAGUCGCUGAGGUUUUAAUCCACAAUACAAACUUAGAAACAACUCUUAAUUACUAUCAGGUUUUCGAAGCUAAAAGUUCUGGAUAUUUAUCUGUUAGUUCUGGAGUGUUAAGUUAAGUUAAGGGUUAUAGGCCAUAGCCUGCCUAUCUGGCGCAAACCCACCUAAUCUAAGAAUUAGCUUCCACCUCUUGCGGAUGCACUGUUAGUACUUAUAAGCAAAGACUAAAUGAGACGCAAAACCUUAGGGGAGAUCCAAAACUUCCCUUUUUUGCAAGUACCCCAAACCAAAUUUACUUCAAAAAGUGACAGAGGCACUAUCUUUAGCUUUAUCGGGACUUUCCUUCCUACCCAAUAGAAAAAAUUAUGCUUAUCCCUACCCUACUAUUGUUAUAUGCAUCUGCAUAGUCUGUUUCAAGUUUAAUUGCUUCGUCAUAAAAUCCCAAUGUUUUAUUGUGCUCAAGGCACACCUGCCCAAUAGGAAGUGAGUUUCGGAGUCCAUCUCCGUUGACAUCAUUUUUUAUCUCUCCUGGGGUGUUAGGAAUUUUCCCAGAAAUGUAUGAAACUUGGUCAAAAUUUAAAAUAGCUAUUGUCUUAAUAGGCUCUAUUUAUGUUGCAGGGCUGAUUUGACAGAUUUAUGAAGUGCUAGACUAUCUCCAUUGGAUUUCUAUAAGAUUGUGAGUAAGGUUAAAAUGAGAGUUAUCAUGAAGUGGUUUUAUGAAUAUUUUAUCUAUUUGUUUGGCUACUACAGCAGUAUCAUUAUUUAUUAAAAUUGUUUUAUGUAAUAUUGGCCAUUAUAAGCUUCCUAUAACAAAUGAAGACGAUUUCGAUUCAUUAGCAGAAUAUGCAGCAUCAUAUAGAGCCUUAUUAAGAGUUAUUUCAAUAACUGUACUUUUGACCUGCUUCAAGGUAUUUAUUGCAUGUGAAGAAAAAUUCCCAUCAUUUGGUAUUCUGUUCGAUACAAUUUCAGCAGCAAAGCAUGAUAUUCUUUAUUUCUGAAUUCUGACAAGUUUUAUUAUCAUAUCUAUCAGUUUAAUGGGAAACUUAGGAUUUGGGCUAGAAUUAUCAGACUUUUCAACCCUAGGAUAUUCAGCUCUAUCCCUAAUUAAUUUAGCCUUUGGAAAAUAUGAUAUAAAACAGCUUUCAAUUGCAAAUAUAAAACUUUAUAGCGUUUUUGUUAUUAUUUUUGUGUUUUACAUAAUAUUUAUUCUAAUAAACAACUUUUUAGCAAUUUUGUUGAGCACUUAUAUCAAUUUAAGGAAGAAAAAUUAUUUGUUGGUGGAAGCUAAAGCUAUGCUUUUAAAGCAAAACAGCAAAAUAUUUCUUGAUAAAAUUUUGAGUUUAAUCCUUUUUAGGUAUAAAUCAACUAUUGUAGAAGAUUCUAUUGAGUACUUAAGAUUGUCUUCAAUAGUAACUUCAGAUGCAAAUCAGCAAAACGAAAUCAAUGCGAAAUUGAAAAACCUUGAAAAUUUUAUUCUCAAGCAAAAUAAAGUUGAUUUUUUGCAAGUUUUUAAAUAUAAUAUAAUUCAGCUUUCCAUGCUAAGAAAAGGCACAUCACUGCUUACUCGUGAGAAAUAUCUUAAAAAUAUUAAAAACUGCGCAAGAAUUAUAUUAACCAAUAAAAAGAAAAAAGAAAAGCUUAAAAGCCAUUUAGAAAAUCUUGUUAAUUACAAUUUCUACCUUUUGCUAAACGUAGUGAUUGCCGUUAUUUAUAUAGCUAUAUUUCUUGCUAUGGUUGGCUCACGAUUGAAAAUAUCUGAAUCUUAUUAUCUUAGUAGAGCUCAGUACAAUAGCAUCAGUAAUCAAAAAUUUGUUUACAAAAACUUAAACCAGACGUUUAAAGCUAUAAAAAAUGAAGACUCAGCUUAUGCUUUUCUUCAGCAAGUUAUUUUGCCGUUAUUUAAUAGCGAAUCAGUUGCGAGCCAAAACUUUUGGAUAGGAGAAUCUAUAGCAAGAAUUACCUUAACGAGAUAUGACUAUAGCAUUAAUGACAAUGAUUUUUCUCGAAAAGCAGUCCCAUUUUAUUUGCCUUUGGAUUUACCAGUAUACAAAACAGAUUUCAUAGGUAACAGCACUGGAAUCAUCUAUAAAUACUUAUUCCACCCCUCCUUUAGCGAACAAAAAAUAUUGCUCCCCACGGGGGGUUAAUUUUUUUUAAAUCCCAAUUCUCAAAAAUUGGAAAGCAAAUAUUAAUUUAAUUCUUAAAAUUUAUAUUUUAAAACGCAAUUUGUUUAAAAUUAGCUAGUAUUAGCUAGAGAUUUCAUUAUAUUAAUUAUCACUUAUAUAUAAUUGUUUUUUUUCAUAAAAAUUUUUGUUUGCUCACGGAAGGUGGGUUUUUGAGCAAAAAUCGGGAUUUCUCCAAUGGUUUUGUUCGCUCAUGGAGGGGAGAGGUAGAGCCAGAAGAUUCAAAUACUUUCUCUGGUAUCGGAGGUUAUAAAAUCGACUUCAUUAAAGGCUCCAAUUUUACUGAUCUUUUUCUCCAAAUCCAGAAUGACCAACUAAUAGGUAAAAAUACAAAUAAAUUCAUAAUUGAAUGAAUCCUCUACAACACAAAUGCCAACAUUUUUCUUUUAAACUACCUAACAUUUCAAAAUACAGUAUCAGGAUUAUUAAGUAUAAGCUUCUCCUCAAAUCCAAUUGAAAUGGACAUUUAUGAAUCAUCUAGCUUAACAUUUGGGACUGAGAUUGCUUUUUAUUUAAUAAGUCUUUACUAUUUACUACGGGUUGGAUUUCAAUGAUAUAGAAUAUUGAGGGAAUUAAAUCAGGAUAGAAAAGAUUAUUACAAUGGAAAAUAUGCAGUUAAACGUGUAUUAAAAAUAAUAAAUGGAGAGAUUUCUUCAGAAGGGCCAUUUGAAUAUGUUAUUCGCUUUCUUGCAAGAAAAGCUAAUCUAAUUAAAUUAUGGCCGUAAGAUCUUAAAGUCUGGCCUUUUUAAAAAGUUUCCAAUUGCUCCUGUACUUAAUCGCUAAUAUCUUUCGAGUUUCUGAUUAAAAAAGAAAAGCUAGGAAUCUAUUUUAUUGGAUACACUCUAUAGCCUUUCAGCUGUUUAGAGCUUGAGUUGUGUAUAUGAAACAAAUUAAAUUAAAGUUAAAAUGCUAUAAGCGGGCGAGCAUACUAGCCUUUGCCUCAUCUCCAAAAUAGCUUCUUCUUGCUGACGAGACAAAAAAGGGAAAGAAAGGCUGCCAUUUUGAAUUUUCGACCUGAAACACCUAUCAAAGGGAUUAGCUCCCUUGGGAGAGCCACCGUCUGCAGAGUGCCUCGGCGGUCCCGCAAUGGAAAACUAUGUGGUAGGCAAAACUGUGCAGCCUGUCUCGCAUGGACAGGAAAACCUUUUUGAGAAUCAAAACUUCCCUCUUCGGCAAGCCUGAAAGCCUACUUAAAAUGGCAGAAGUCAUUUUUUAUUUCAUCAGGAUGGAUCCUAACUGCUGCAUAGGGAACGCGCCUUAAGUCCAAUUUCCGUUACCGCCACCAUUUUAUUUUCUAUGAAACAAGGAAUUUUUAAAGCUAUGGAAUUGGUUUCAGUUAUCUUGUCUAUUAUUAUGCGUUAUUAUGUUUUCAGAAUUUAUACUAAUGAAUAUAUUUCUAAUUUUAAACUCCCUGCAGAAGAUGUAAAUUAUUAUAAUGGCUUCGAAGAGAUAAGCACCCAUCUGAAUAACUAUAGGAUAAUUGUGGCUGUCAACGCUAUUUUCAUUUUUUGUAAAAUAAUUGAAUUUGGCAAAUUCACAAAGCAUUUUGGUCAUUUCAUUGAUGUGAUAAACUCAGCAAAGCUUGAUUUAGGAUUUUAUUUAGUUAUCUUUUGAGUUAUACUGCUAUCAUACUCACUGACAUCUUAUUUGCUUGUUGGCCAUAUGGUGCCUGAAUUUUCAAGCUUUUCAAUGUCGCUUUUUUCAAGUUAUAUUAUAUUAAUAGGACAGUUUAACAGCUUUAGUAUGCUAUCAGCGGAUUACUAUUACUAUUAAAUUUAAAUUUCUGAUUAGAAUAAUAGUCGGUAUACCGAUCAGAUAGUCAAGUUCAUCUAGAACGUCCCAGCUACUUAAGGACUUGCUGUAUGGAUCUGAUCCUCCAGCUUCCAGUGUCCUCCUCUCCGUUAGUUAUUCCCAGACGACGCGGACAGCUCGCGCAAUUAGAAUGCGUAGGUUUGGGAUUUGCUCACCAUUUGUUUCAUCUCAACUCACUAAUUCUGCUCUAGUCGCUUUGUCUUGACUCUCGGCAGGACAACUGCAGCCAGGUGUUGCGACAGGUAAAAACUCUUAUAGUAGGGCAAAACCCACUUUCGGAGUGAGUAUGCUAUCAGCAGAUAGUAUUUGUGGUUGCAUAGUAUUUCUAUCAAUGAUUUUAAUAUUCAAUCUACUCUUAUUAAACAUUUUUAUAGCAAUUAUUGCCGCACAUUACAGCACUCUAAAACACAGAAAUGAUAAAGAAAAUAAAAGUUUUUUUAGCAAAAUAAUUUUUGUAAUCCACUCAAGGAUUAAAGGGAAAAAAUACAUGGACUGGCAAAUAAUGGAAAAUAAAGAUUCAAAAAUCAAUGAUAUUGAGACUGAAAAAAUCUUAAGUAAUGUAGAAAGUGAAAUAAACAGCAAGCAAUACAGCCUCGAAGAAAUCCCAAAAAGAGUAAAUUAUUUAUCGACAAGCUAUUUAUCAUAUUUAGAAGAAAUGGUUAAGUUUUCAUCUAUUAAAUGUGAUUUGAUAGAACAUAAUAACAUAAUAAUCGAGCCAGCGACCUUGCAAGAAGUGUCUAUUUUAUCAGACGAAGAAUGGCUGAAUGCGUGCAUUUAUGAAAAAUUGAGAAUUUGGAAGAGGCUAUUAAUUUCUCAUAAUGUUCCAGAAAUCAUGAUAAACACCCAAGAAAUAAAUCGAGAUUUUGAAUUAUCACCUCAAUUAAUCAAUUUAUGGCAAAAAACUUCUAUAAAAGAUAAGCUAUCGAUGUGGAUCGGAAUUUUUCAGUUUGACGAACAAGAAAAAAUAAUGCUUUGAAAUACAAUGAUAUUUACUACAGGAUGCUGAUGAACUAAUAAUGAAGAGCAAAAUAAAGAAAAUCAGGACAAAUUUUGAAGCAAUUUAACUCAUGCUGAAAAGAAAAAAAUAAUUCAUGAAACUGUAAGUCCUUUGGAAAAAUAUAUAGAGCGCUAUAAAGCAGCCAAAGAUCCAAUAGAGGUUUUAUUGAAAAAAGAAAAAAUAUUAAAAGACGAAAAACUUUUGUUUUGAUUUAGCUUGUGGAGAGAUGAAUUUUAUAAGUUUAGCAUGUUUAUGAAUCAAAAUAGCUCAAAAGAAGCAGAAAUUAUAGGGUAUUUAAUGCAAGAAGAAAGGAUUGGGAGUGUUUUUAGUUUAGAUAAAGCAGAUGUUAUGCUUGAAAAUAUGAUGGAUAAAAAGAUUUAUGAUUUUAUAUGUGAAAGUGCUGUCUAUCAAGCUGAAUCAGUUGGGAGAAAUUCAUCAAAAGACAGGAUUAAAGAAACAAGACAGCAAAUAAAAAAUUUAAAAAAAUACUCAGCUCAACUGAAUCAUCAAAUACCUGCUUUAAAGAAAGAAAAUAAAGAAAUGAAGAAGUUUAUAGAAGAAAAUAAAGAAAAUGAUUAUUAA